GGUUCCCGCGGUGUUGGAGGCGGAGCUCCAGCUGCCUCGGAGCCGGCUGGGAGGAUCCACUUUGGGCCCCGAGCCGGCCCUCAGGCUGGGGUCGUGUCCGAUCUAAGCUAUCCUGGAAAAGGCUUUCCCUAUCCCGAGCUCGAGGCAUAGCCCGCAGACCUCCUUCGCGCGCCGCCUGGAGUUUGAUUCUGGCCCAGGCUGGCCAUCCCUUUGGUCGCCGGGUCUUCCCUUGGCGGUUACGGGGAACGGGACUCUAAGAUCCCUGGGUUCCGGGAGGAAGGAAGGGACUCGAGUGCGGGCCACCGGCCCCCUCAGUGUUUUGUUAUGAUGGGACCGCUUCAUUCCGGAGAAUGGGCCACACUAAGCCAGGAGUACAAAUGUCCAGGCUGCUCCUCGGUCCGGUCGGGAGCCUCUAUGCUUUAGUUCCGGGUGCGGGCUCCCUGAUGCUUGGGUGGGAAUUGCCUGAGUCUAGCCCCCAUCAAGGCGGAGUUGGCGGCUUUCCAGUUUCCCUCCUCCGUGCCCUUGAAAAGGAGGAGCGUUUUGCCCGGUGGCAGCCGCAGCUUGCGAGGUGGCAGGUUUGAGGUUGCAGUGGUGGGGCACUGCCAGCCAAAAAUAACCAUGGGUCGCUUGGGUGGCAGGAAUCCGGGAGGGCAGCCGCUGACCUGGCUGGCUGCUCUUCUUGUUAGCCCGGUUCUCUAGCCAGGAACAGCAAAUGAGAAGCCAGAGAGGCCUGUGCUCAGAGAAAAGCUGGCAUCCUUAGCUUAGUUUCAUUGGUCACAUUACCUUUUUCUUUACUGUGCAGAGCAGAGCUUCCCAAAGCAUAAUUGUGGUCCUUAAGUUUUAAAAAAAGCUUUUCUGCUGAGGUCUCAGGAAAUCAGGGAAUUUUCGAGAAGUAGGCUCAAAAGACCUGGCUGGGAGCAUGAUGUGGGCCACCUGGUAUUUCCCAUUUUUCACCUGCCUUGGAUGCGUUGCAAGGGAGAUGAUCUCUAUUACUGCCUAUGUGUGGUACUUCAUGGCCAAAAUACUUGGCCACCUUUGCCCAUCUAAAAGGUGUUAUCUUUAUUUUUCAGGCAUGACAACUGAGGUCUAGAGUGACUUGUAUAAGGCCACAGGGCCAGUAAGUGGCAGCACUGGGAUCAAGUUCAAGGUUUCCUGCCAAAACUUCCUACCCGGUCUCUUGGAAGGAAGGAAUUAUAAACUAAGGCAUUCAGCAUAUCCCUGAGUGUUAGCUGGCAUCGUCUCAGUGCUAAUGAAAGGCUGUCUUUAGUACUUCUUGUGGCCCAAACCUGUGCUAGGCUUUUACUUUAUAGGGCAGAUAUAUUUAAUUCUUACGGAGCCUGUAAGAGAUUAUUGUUCCCUUGUUUCAAGAGGAGGCUGAAGCUCAAAGUGGUUUAAUAACUUGCCCAAAGGCAAACAGUGAAGUGGUGGUGCUGUGGAUCAGGUUGGCUUUCAACUCUGAAGCUGUGACUUUCCACUCAAGUAGACAUAUGUGGUCAUAGAAUCCAUCUAGGUCCCAGAAGGAAAAUUUUGGCCUGCUGUAGAUUAGAUCACAUUACCACAUUCUCCAAAUAGGAUGCUUAGAGUGCUCCGUCUGCCUGGUGAAGAUGGGCAGGACCAUUUGCCUUUUGGGAAGAUGUGUGCCCUGGCCAGUAGGAUGUCUUUUGGGUCAAUUAGUGAGACGUGACAUACUGCUUUCAGGCCAUAGCUUGAGCACCUGUCAUAAGAUAAUGGGGGUGGGGGUGGGAACAUUCAGAUGAUUGUGAAAACAAGUCUUCUGAUUUUAUAUAGUGUUUAUCACCAAGGAUUUCUGGUUCCCUAGACUUUUCAGAUGGUGGGUUGUUAGUGGGAAGAUAGAUGGCAGUGCCUUUCUUAGGGUUCCCAGAGGCUCCCAGAGGUUUAGAUAAAUUGCCUCCCUAUCCUGCUCAUACACAAGUACCUGUUUCAUCUUUGGACUGUGCUGGUGAGAUGGAGCAGCCUUGAUGGAUUUGUUUAAAAGAUGCAUCACUGUAAGCGAUACCGUUCCCCAGAGCCAGACCCAUACCUGAGCUACCGCUGGAAGAGGAGGCGGUCUUACAGUCGGGAGCAUGAAGGUCGACUACGAUACCCAUCCCGAAGGGAGCCUCCCCCACGGAGAUCAAGGUCCAGAAGCCAUGAUCGUAUACCCUACCAGAGGAGGUACCGGGAACACCGUGACAGCGAUACAUAUCGGUGUGAAGAGCGGAGCCCAUCCUUUGGAGAGGACUGCUAUGGGUCUUCACGUUCUCGACAUCGGAGGCAGUCCACGAGAGAGGGGCCGUGCCCGUACCAUAAACAUGCCCACCACUGUCACAAGCGUCGUACCAGGUCUUGUGGCGCCUCCUCGAGAAGCCAACAGAGCAGUAAGCGCAGCAGCCGGAGUGUGGAAGAUGACAAGGAGGGCCACCUGGUGUGCCGGAUCGGCGAUUGGCUCCAAGAGCGAUAUGAGAUCGUGGGGAACCUGGGUGAAGGCACCUUUGGCAAGGUGGUGGAGUGCUUGGACCAUGCCAGAGGGAAGUCACAGGUUGCCCUGAAGAUCAUCCGUAAUGUGGGCAAGUACCGGGAAGCUGCUCGUCUAGAAAUUAAUGUUCUCAAGAAAAUCAAGGAGAAAGACAAAGAAAAUAAGUUCCUUUGUGUCCUGAUGUCUGACUGGUUCAACUUCCAUGGUCAUAUGUGCAUCGCCUUUGAGCUCCUGGGCAAGAACACCUUUGAGUUCCUGAAGGAGAACAACUUCCAGCCUUAUCCCCUACCACAUGUCCGGCACAUGGCCUACCAGCUCUGUCAUGCCCUUAGAUUUCUACAUGAGAACCAGCUGACCCACACAGACUUGAAGCCAGAGAACAUCUUGUUUGUGAAUUCUGAGUUUGAAACCCUCUACAAUGAGCACAAGAGCUGCGAGGAGAAGUCAGUGAAGAACACCAGCAUCCGAGUGGCAGACUUUGGCAGUGCCACAUUUGAUCAUGAACAUCAUACCACCAUUGUCGCCACCCGGCACUACCGCCCACCUGAGGUGAUCCUUGAGCUGGGCUGGGCACAGCCCUGUGAUGUCUGGAGUAUCGGCUGCAUUCUCUUUGAGUACUACCGUGGCUUUACACUCUUCCAGACCCAUGAAAACAGAGAACACUUGGUUAUGAUGGAGAAGAUCCUAGGACCCAUCCCAUCACACAUGAUCCACCGUACCAGGAAGCAGAAGUAUUUCUACAAAGGGGGCCUGGUUUGGGAUGAGAACAGCUCUGACGGGCGGUAUGUGAAGGAGAACUGCAAACCUCUGAAGAGUUACAUGCUCCAGGACUCCCUGGAGCAUGUGCAGCUGUUUGACCUGAUGAGGAGGAUGUUAGAGUUCGACCCUGCUCAGCGCAUCACACUGGCAGAAGCUUUGCUGCACCCCUUCUUUGCUGGCCUGACCCCUGAGGAGCGGUCCUUCCACAGCAGCCGUAACCCCAGCAGAUGACAGGUGCAGGCCAGCACACGAAGAGUUGGAGAGCUGGACUGGGCUGCUGGCCCCUUUUCUCCAGCCUCUCCUACUGGCUUCAGAGCCAGAGCCACCGAUGAACAGUGCAAUGUGAAGGAAGGCAGGAACCUGCAAGGGAUGGGGGGUGUGGUGCCCAGCUGCCAGAAAGCACAGAUUGGACCCAAGCUAUUUAUAUGUUGUAAAGUUAUAAUAAAGUGUUUCUUACUGUUUGUAACCCCCUGGUACCAGUGUGUCCAUCUCCAGGCUCCUUGCCUUCUCCCCAUACUGACUGACUUACUAAUAAAGUCUUUCUUAGCAGCUCA